GCGCGCGCGCGUGUGAGUUCCUUAGCCUGCCUGCGCAAUGAUGACUGGGGUUUUCCUUUCCUCUUUGUGGUUGUGUAUCGACUGUAACGAAGAGCCGCGCCUCCGCCUGGUGGGGUUUGUUUCGGUUCGGCCUCCUUUCUUUCUCUAACGGGAGAAAUAAUGGGAAAGUCGAAGGCGCUAGAACUAUCCGAAAGAGUGUGAGCGCCCGAAGUGGGCAUGCCACUGGCGGGGACGGGGCGGCGGCGUAAAUAGUUCGGGGUGUACGCAGUGGGGUUUCAGUGGGUUCUGCAAGAUGUUAGUCCACACCUAUUCAUCCAUGGACCGGCACGAUGGCGUACCGAGCCACAGCUCGCGGCUCUCCCAGCUGGGCUCGGUGUCCCAGGGACCUUACUCCAGCGCCCCGCCGCUGUCCCACACCCCGUCGUCAGACUUCCAGCCGCCCUACUUCCCGCCCCCCUACCAGCCGCUCCCCUACCACCAGAGCCAGGACCCCUACUCCCACGUCAACGACCCCUACUCCCUGAACCCACUGCACCAGCCCCAGCAGCACCCCUGGGGACAACGGCAGCGGCAAGAAGUGGGCUCGGAAGCCGGCUCUCUCCUGCCCCAGCCUCGGGCCGCCUUGCCCCAGCUCUCGGGCCUCGACCCCCGGAGGGACUACCACUCGGUGCGCCGGCCAGACGUACUUCUGCAUUCCGCGCACCACGGCCUGGACGCGGGCAUGGGUGACAGCCUCUCGCUGCAUGGCCUCGGCCAUCCCGGAAUGGAAGACGUCCAGUCAGUUGAAGAUGCCAAUAACAGCGGCAUGAAUCUAUUGGACCAGUCUGUCAUAAAAAAAGUUCCGGUUCCUCCCAAAUCUGUGACCUCUCUGAUGAUGAAUAAAGAUGGCUUCCUUGGAGGCAUGUCCGUCAACACCGGCGAGGUGUUUUGCUCGGUCCCGGGCCGUUUGUCUCUGCUCAGUUCGACUUCAAAGUACAAAGUAACUGUGGGGGAAGUUCAGAGACGGCUUUCACCCCCCGAAUGCCUCAAUGCGUCUCUCCUUGGCGGCGUCCUCAGAAGAGCCAAAUCGAAAAAUGGGGGGAGAUCUUUGCGAGAAAGGCUAGAAAAAAUCGGUUUGAAUUUACCCGCGGGCAGGCGCAAAGCAGCAAAUGUCACGUUACUCACCUCCCUGGUGGAAGGAGAAGCUGUUCACCUAGCUCGGGAUUUUGGGUACAUUUGUGAAACGGAGUUUCCCGCCAAAGCUGUUUCUGAGUAUUUGAACCGACAGCACACGGACCCCAGUGACCUGCACUCUCGAAAGAAUAUGCUGCUGGCCACCAAGCAACUUUGUAAAGAAUUUACGGAUCUGCUGGCGCAGGACCGGACGCCGAUCGGAAACAGCCGGCCCAGCCCCAUCCUGGAGCCGGGGAUCCAGAGCUGCCUCACGCACUUCAGCCUCAUCACGCACGGCUUUGGCGCCCCGGCCAUUUGCGCCGCGCUCACGGCCCUGCAGAACUAUCUCACCGAGGCGCUCAAAGGCAUGGACAAGAUGUUCUUGAACAACACCACCACUAACAGGCACACGUCUGGGGAAGGCCCAGGUAGUAAAACUGGCGACAAGGAGGAGAAACACAGGAAAUGAAAAUUAAAAAAAAAAAAAGAAAAAUGUUUUAAAUACAAAAGGAAAACAGGAAAAAUUAAUUUUAGCUUUAAAAUAUUGGAUUGGCUUUGGAAGAAUUAUAUUAGGUAGAAUACACAUACAAUCGAAAUUUUAAAAAAAAGAGCUAAAUAACUUUUAAAAAAACUGAGGCGUACAACGGAGCAACAAUAUCGGUUCUCAGUGUCUAUUUCAAGAUACACUUGGAGACAACCGUCCGGAUUUUCCACUUCGGUUCUUUCGAGCUUAGUAAUUACUGAUAAUAAAAGAAAACCAUGAUUUUUUUUCCCCUUUGGAAAAUAAACAUGACUAAACAUGAGAAAACGCUAACUUAUUGGAAGAAAAUGGGAGAAACAUUGUUGGUGUCAGUGCUUUGAAAGCUGGUUGACUGAGACGCACGAACUUUUUAAUUUUUAAUAUUUUUUUAGGAAACUCGCAGAUCCCGCCCUUCCAUCUCACCUCACCCCUCUCCCAGCCACCCUUUUCUACGUUGCCCUCCCUUCCUCGAGCUGUCACGGGAAUCUUCCGGGAUGAAAAUGAGCGUGGUUAGCCCUUUUGCGUUGUGUUUCAGUCCCCUUGGUACCCCGCCCCCGGCCCGCCCAGCGUUCUUAACUCACCCGCCCGCUCCCUGGCCGGUUGCCUAAUUCGGGAGGCAAGGGCGGGCGGGGCUGUAGGCCCGCGAAGGUGCGGCGACGGCUGCAGGUUUGGGGGCCGGCUGGCUCAGUAGAGGCUCCUGCGGCUGAGGAAAAUCCGGAUCAAUAAGUUGAUUUCAGACUCAUCAUCAGUUCCUUUCAUAAAUGUUACUAGUUCUCAGCCUUGCCAGCAGCAUCUGCAUACAGAGAAUCUUGCAUUUGUUAUAUAAUACUUGUGUCAUCUGCCAAUUUUAAGAACAGUAGUAAAAAAAAAAAGCACAAUAUGAAUACGUUGAUUAGUAUGUAAUUCCUUCGGAGGGGUAUGUACCAUUUCAUUCUCUUCUGUUUUCCAAAGCUUUGCCCGCAUGGUUUAUGAGCUUCUUCAAAGAGGACUUGGGCUUCCUACACAAUCUAUAAGGUACAGAGAAAAAAAAAUCUGAUCCCUUUUUAAUCAAAGCCUGUGUGUCAGAAUUCUGCAGGUGCACUUCUUUAAAGAAGCUCAAAGGGAAUAAUUUAGAAAGUGGCCAAUAAGAGAUUGAAGCAGCUUUGAGUCUAGUUGCUAACAGAUACCUCAACAUGGCAUUUGGGUGAAGGGUGGGUGCUGCAGAAUGAAUUUUAGGGGAGAAGAAUAAGGGUUCUCGGAGCCCAAUAUUUUAACAAUAUUGCCUGCCUUUAAAAUGGAUUUCAUUUAUGGGUGCUUUGGUGAUGGCUGUUUUAAUGGGGGGGGGGAUCAUCUUCAUGAAUGCUGUGGGGAGGAGGGGGUGGCAAGCUCCCCUGUCUGAGCAACAAUUGCUUUCUUACAAGAUGCUUUAUGAAUGAAGCAUUUCCCCCCUCCCGGCCGUGCACUUGUUUUGGCAUACAGUGGUAAAAUAAUGCAAAGUGAAAGAUGUAUUUCAGCUUUGAAUUUUACCGUCUGAACAGACUGGGACUAUUCCCAGUGGAUACAGUUUCAUGCAUUUAAUAUCUCUCACUUCUGGCAGCCCAGCUUCUUUCUCAGGCCUCAUCUGAGCUUUAUCAUGAAAUAGGAUCUGGAACCCAUUGUUCCCAUCCUGCCAAAAGCAGUGGGAAAUCCCUUGUGUAGGGCUGGGGUGAGUGAAACACCUCUCUAAAUUUAGAGUCCUACCUGCACCUCUUUAUACAAAGUAGAUAUUAGUACCUUUGCAACAUCCCUUGAAGAUAAAAGUGCCAGGUUUUUGUUCUGCAGGCUUUAUACUUAGGACCCAGUGGGACACUGAGUUCUGCUGGUUGGGUGGGCUUUGGCUUGGUGGGAAGGUUGGAGGGUUGGGGGUUAGGAACCUAUUGGGGGUUAGGAACCUGACAUUUUUGUGGGGGAGGGAGUUAAAGAGCUGAUUUCAGGUCACCCGGAGGGUCCAAGCAACGGUUAAUGUCAAAAUCCAGCCCUUGCACCGCCAGCUCCUUUAGGGAAUUCUAGGGGGGCAGGAACUAGACCGUAUGGAGAUUGUAGAUACUUUCUCUCUCCCCAGCUCAGAAGCCUGCGCCUUUGUCCGAGGGCCUGGCGGCUUGCAUUAGAUGUGUUCUGAUUGCAAAAGGCCAGGAGAAACCACACUGAAUACCAUCGUCUCCUUUCGUUGCAGGGCAACGCGCCCCACGCGUGUGACGUGCGAGAGACGCGAUGGACGCGCCUUGCUCUUACUGUGCAGGUCCCGAGAGCGUGUGGGCCACUCGCGCCCAAUCGUGUUGAGGACAUAGAAUCAGCCGAUGGAGGGGCCGCGGGCCACGCAGGCCCUUCCCGCUCUCGGUCUCACCCUAAGGGCUAAGGUGACCGAGAAAGCCCCAUUCUCCAGUAGGUACUGGGGCGGCGCCCCGCGGGCUGCAGGCGGGGAGGGGUCUCAGCGCUGCCUAGGCCUUUUGCUACCAGCGGCCACCCCAGAAGGCAAGUGGCCUAGAAAUGUCCAGGGACUCAGAAGCCUCCCCCGUCUUUGCCAAAAUGAAAACUCUUCGCUCUCACGCUCCUAAGGGCAGGUGAUGGGAUAGGAAUUGUCUUACUGGGCUGUAAGGCUCCCUUCAUCGCGCUUCGUCCUCAUUCGUGCUUACCUCCCGCGCCCCAGCGAAGAAGAGACCCCCGCGCGCCCCCGCCUCCCUCCCCGCCCACUACUCCCGCUCUCCGCCUCCCUUCUCCUUUCAAGUGCGACCCCGGCCCCCUUGCUUUCCUUAGCCAGGCCCGUUACGUUUAUCUGAUAAUUGAGUUAUUAAAAGAUUUGGUUUCCUUUGGCCCAUAAAUCAAUAAACAGUAGGAUUAACGCAAGAGUUUGCCUUUUAAGUCAAGGGAAACGUUUAAAGCAAGCCUUUUUGAGCUUUGUUUUCAAACCAAACAGGUGAGUUGCAGUUUUCCCUCCUAACACCUGCACACUUUAGCCAUUUUAACACGUGCUCCCUCCUAAAUGCUCAGUCCUGAACCAAAAGAGCUAAAGACAGAACGGAGGAGUCAGGAUGCGGCAGCGUGGCCCUCACACUUGACACUUUGCAAGCUCCUUUGGAGGUUCUAAAGGUCUCCUUACCAUUCUCUGUCUGACUCUGCCUCCUCCUACAGGUAUUGUGGGUCUCAGAGGACUAAAAAAAAAAAAAAAAAAGGAGUUGGGGGGGGCUGUUUUGGGCAAGGAUUCUAUCAUGAAGUGAUUUUUAAUUUCUCCCCCAAACUAGGAAAGUAACUUUCUCCUCCACCCCCAUUAUCUUGCAUUUUCCUUUCUUCUCUCUGGCUCCACAUCCUUAGCUUUCUCCACCUUCACCUAAAGAACUGAGGAGGCUUUCAAAGACCUGGCUGUUUUAUUUCCUGUGGCCAGGGAAAACACUUUCUCUAAAGCAAUUAUUUCAUAUCCUAUGAAAACCUAGGUCGAAUGGAAAACCCCAAACCCCAGACUUACCUUCACACUGUUCUUCUGGUACAAACCCUUACUUAAAAGGACAACUCUUUUCUUAUUUGGAGUGUUUAUAGAGAUUUUGCCAUCACAUCUGAUAUCCUGUAUUUGUAAUUCCUAUGUGGGAAGGAAAUAAUAACCCUAAACCAUCUGAUGUUGCCUCAAGAGCCUAAACAGUGUUUUCCCCUCCUGUGCUGAUGUAAAAUUAUCUGGGUUUAAAAAAAAAAGGGUAAAAAGGAAUAUCAAAAUUCGUUUUUGUUUUUCUUUAAAAAGUCGAAUGAAUGCAAAUCUUUGAAUGCCAAAAUUGACUCCUCUGUUGAGAUGGUCUCUAAUUCACUAACAUUGUUUUUGCCACACAAUCAAGAAAUAUCAAUCUAUUGACUCUUCACCGGAAGAGCUCUGGAAGGUAUCCAUGUUAAGUUUGUAUAUAUUUAUUUAUGCUUAAUUUAAUGGGAAUGUGUAAAUAUGGCGAGCAAGUAGUUUGGGAUUAUUUAUCUGUGAAUCUAUACCUCUGUGAAUGGGUGGUUAAAAAAAAAAAACGCUUGGCCCUAGGUAGAAUCCUAUCUGAAUUUUUAUGUUCUUUAUAGACAAGCUGUUAUGGUAAUGGGUAGAAAUUGGUUUAUUGUCCAGUGUUUAUCUGAUUUACAUAAAUAAAAAGAUUGUUGUGUUUUUGUUGUA